AACAACAAGGAAACGAUGGUGUCUGAGGCUUACGAUCAGAGCUCGAUCAUGAUGGCUUCUAAUAGUUUAUACUGGACUCUGUGGAUGGUGGCAUGUUUUGGAGAGUAUUUAGGCCAAGAUCUACAGUUUCCUGGGCAGACUUAUGGGGCAAUAGGAGGAAGUGUGAUGUUCACCCCUGAAAACUUAGCAUCCAUAGGGAUUGAUGUACAAAUUACAUGGAAUUUUGGAGCAACUAAUAUACUGACAGGAAAACCAGAAUCACCCACAAUAGUCCCAGCAUACAUAGACAGAGUCAGUUUUGACCAAAACACUCUCUCUCUGGAGCUCCGGAACCUGAAAAUGGAGGAUUCUGGAUUAUACAUACUGACUGUGAUUCCUGUUAGUGGAGAUCAACUCAGAGGAGAAACCACACUACAGUUGUUCGAAAACAUAACAAAUGUGAAGCUUACUGAUCCAGAAGAAACCUUAAUUGAGGAUGAAUCAUCUGCUAACAUCACCUCUGAAGGAAGCGGCACCAUCACCUCUGUGCAGUGGAUGAAAGAUAACAGUCCUCUGUCUCCUAACAACAGCAUCAUCUUUUCAUCUGAUAAUAGAUCAGUGUCCAUCAAUCCAGUGCAGAGAUCAGACGCUGGAGAAUAUCAGUGUACAUACAGUAACCCUGUCAGCUCUGAGACGGCAAAACUCACCCUGACCAUCAACUAUGGACCAGAUGGUGUUUCUAUUAAGGGUCCAGAUGAGAUGGAUUUAGGUGUUCAAAUGUUUUUGUCUUGCUCGGCAAAUUCUGAACCUUCCGCCUCAUUCAGCUGGAUGUUUAAUGGGUCAGACACUGGUGUGACCACAGACAAAUACACCAUUGAUAAGACUGACUUCACAGACAGUGGAGAAUACAUCUGUACACAGCCUUUAACAAAGUCACAAACAGAAGAGAAUCAAUAAGACAUGUUUUAACGCAUUCAAGGUAGACAGAAACUACUUAC